AUGGGCUUCAGAAUAUCGUCGUACACGCUCAUCAAGAGUGUAUCGCUGAUCCACAUCACGGCGGCAUACCUCUUCCUCUACAGGCCGCAAGUCCUGGCCGAGCAGAACAUUGUUGUCAUCUUUGGCGAGUCGAUGCAGAUCCCCACAGAAGUUACCGCUCUCGCCUCCAUCUUCCUGGCCUUCCUCGGCGUCAGCGACUUGAUCGCAGCCAGCCUUCCUGAACGCUCAUGCCUCGAAUACUGGUCCAACGUCCUGCCUUUCCGUCUCUUCAUGCUGUUUGUCGGUACAGGAUACAUCUACCUCAACAGGGGUGACGAUACCGUUACUUCGACACUCCGAGCUCUCAAGAGCGACUCAAACCCGCUCGACCUUGUCAAGAACUCGUUCGUUUUCACUUUCAUGUUCAUGGAGACACUUCAUUGGUUCUGGGUCUUUAUCGCCAUGAAGGAAGAUAGACGCGAGUGGAUGGUCCGUGAGGCCACCGCACAGCUUCGCGAGGAAGAGGAGAAGAAAUUCAGAAUGUAA